AUGCGAUCUCAAAACUUGUUGUGUUUGAACUUUAAAGACCAGAGUUCACGGAUAUUUUUCUGUACCUCUGCUAGAAGGAAUCAAGAACAAACAACAAAAUCCAAUAAAUCAAAGGAAGCAAUAAAAUUAUUGCACAAGAUAAAAAAAUUUCCCAUAAAGGAAAAUAUCUAUACUCUUCCUAAUCUUUUGACUUUAUCUCGUUUAAUUGCGGGACCAAUCAUUGGCUCGUUUAUACUUAAAGAAGAAUAUAAAAUAGCAUUAGGAAUUUUUAUGUUCGCCGGAUUCACUGAUCUGCUAGAUGGUAUCAUCGCAAGAAGAUACAAUAUGAAAACAAUGUUAGGAACGGUCAUGGACCCGGCAGCUGAUAAGAUGCUCAUGACUGUGAUGACAAUAACUUUGGCUAUGAAAGAUUUGCUUCCAUUUCCAUUGGCAACUGUGAUUCUUGGACGUGAUGCUGGCUUAGUUUUAGCUUCAUUUUAUUAUCGUUAUAUUUCUUUGCCACCACCAAAAACAUUAUCAAGAUAUUUUGAUUUUUCUAUUCCGUCGGCUGAAGUUCGACCCACUUUUAUCAGCAAGAUCAAUACUGUACUACAAUUGGCUCUUGUCGGUGCAACUGUUGCAGGCCCCGUCUUUGAAUGGAAGCACGCUUCAGCACUAGUAGUUUUACAGUGCACUGUUGCCGGAACUACAGUAUUAUCUGGACUAAGCUAUGUUUUUUCCAAAGAUGCUGUUCGAAUAUUAAAACAUCCCUCUCAGUAA